GUCAAAAUGGCGGACGGUAUCUUCAGGUUAGCAUAAGUUCUCUCAUUUCGUUAAACUAAAGUGAUCCAAAGUGAAACUUUUGUUUGUGUAGUGAAUCCUGUUUCGUGAAUUAAUAGUCUCCAUUAAGUGAAAUAGUGUUUUGUGUUGUUUGAGGCAAUGAAAAGUGGCCCAGUUCCUUAUUUCAUUGUUUUGAUGCCGCAAGAGAACCAACAAGACAAGUGUCAUAACACUGACCACCUGUCACUUAUUUUUGCUUGCUCAGCGUUAAUCAAAUACAAUAGCACAUUUUCAGAUAAAAUUGUAUUAGUAGGAUCUAGAAUCCAUUCCAAAAUAAACGAAUGCCUCCGUUAUUAACGUCCAUGGAACACGCCAAGACUGUUUAUGUGAACACCAAUGGCCGAGAUGUCUACCAUAGUCGUACUUCCCCCCAAAACACAAUUAGUACAUAUCAGCAAUCUAGCAAUAACAUUAAGCAAAUUAGUAGUCCUCACCUUGUGCGUAGGAGUGAAAGUGCAAGUAGGAAAGUAACUUUAUCACUUUGGACAGCACUCUAUGAUUAUGAUGCACAAGGAGAGGAUGAACUUAGCCUCAGAAGAGGAGACAUCGUUGAAGUCCUUUCUCAAGAUUCCAAUAUAUCCGGCGAUGAAGGGUGGUGGACCGGAAAGGUUGGGGAGAAGGUGGGCAUAUUUCCUUCAAAUUUUGUCACAGAGCAGAAUAUCAUCGACCAUGUUUCCAACGUGAUAAGUGAUAUCCAGCCAAUCGAAAUUGACUUUAGUGAAUUAGUUCUUGAAGAAGUAAUUGGUGUAGGUGGUUUCGGUAAGGUUUAUCGCGGUUAUUGGAAUAAUCUAGAGGUUGCUGUGAAAGCAGCUCGACAAGAUCCGGAUGAAGACAUUUCUGUGACGCUAGAAAAUGUUAGGAAAGAAGCAAAACUUUUUUGGUUACUUAAGCAUGAAAAUAUUGUUUCUCUGGAGGGAGUAUGUUUACAAAUGCCAAACAUGUGCCUAGUGAUGGAAUAUGCUCGUGGUGGAUCUCUGAAUAGAGUGUUAGCCGGACGUAAAAUUAGACCAGAUGUGCUUGUGGACUGGGCCAUCCAAAUUGCCAGAGGAAUGAACUACCUCCACAAUCAGGCACCAAUUUCUCUAAUUCAUCGUGAUUUGAAGUCUUCUAAUGUGCUUCUCAAAGAACCGAUCGAAAACGACGACCUUCAGUUUAAAACACUGAAGAUCACCGACUUUGGCCUCGCCAGAGAAGUGUACAAGACCACACGGAUGUCAGCUGCCGGGACAUACGCUUGGAUGGCGCCAGAAGUCAUCAAAACUUCCAUAUUCUCUAAAGCUAGCGAUGUUUGGAGCUACGGAGUCCUGUUAUGGGAGUUGUUGACGGGAGAGACGCCAUACAAGGGUAUAGACGCUCUGGCCAUAGCUUAUGGGGUGGCUGUCAACAAACUGACUCUGCCGAUACCCAGCACUUGUCCUGAGCAGUGGCGACAACUGAUGGAGGAUUGUUGGGAAUCAGACCCUCACCUCAGACCAGGGUUUGAGGAGAUCCUACUGUCGUUGGACGCCAUCGUCCACUCGGCCUUCACACAAACUCCUCACGAGAGCUUCCACACGAUGCAGGACGGUUGGCGCAUCGAGAUAGAGGAGGUCCUCAACGGGCUACGCAUGAAAGAGAAGGAAUUGCGAUGCAGAGAAGAGGAGUUGACGAGGGCUCAGUUGGAACAGAAGAUGGUUGAGCAGAAGUUACAACAGCGAGAGGCGGAGUUGGCUCGACGAGAGAUCGAUCUGCUACAGAGAGAACUACACAUCAUCAUCACACAACAGACACCUACGCCCAAGAAGAGAAGAGGGAAACUGAAACAACCCAAGCCGCAGAUCAGCUUCCCUAGUGAUUUCAGACACACCAUCACUGUGCAGCACACACCCAAGUCACACCCGAGUCCCAACUCACCACCCGGUUCACCCAGCAUCUCUCGGCUGAGGGCUAUAGCUCUGCCGGCUGACGGAGUGAAAGGCAAGACGUGGGGUCCUAGCACGUGUCACCAGCGGGAGAGGGGCCAGAUAAUGACCAGACCCAAGCGCUGGAGCAAAAGUGCGCCUAACUUGGAGAAGCCUUCACGCCCCCGUGCUCUGUUAGAUUACAUGGGAGGCCCCAGUGAAGGUGAAUGGGGCUACGACAGUAGUUCACUGGCGUCACUGAUCAACGGCCUGGCGGACGUGAGGAAUAAAGGUCCAAAACUGUCAGUCGUGGAGAUGGUUCUGUACAACAUGGCUGCCAUGUUGGCUAGCUUUGCUGCGGGGUAUGAUGUCAGACUCGUGAAUACCUUCCCUAUACACCCUCGCCUUCAACCUGACAGGUUAGAGGAGGAGGCGGAGGAGCGCAGAUGGUGGCUGGACUCCAGUGGAAGUCGUAACUCUCACCUCAACCCUGACUAUGAGUUCUCUAGUAGUUCUGGUUACCCCCACAACACGUACCACGGGCCAGCCAAGCACUAUCGUCCUCUGCUCAACAACCUUGCCCUGGCGGAGCCUGUAGGUUGGCCGAGUGAUUCACCACAACACUCGCAACACUACACGCCAUCCCCUCUCAAACAGCUCACCCCUGCACCAGCACCGUCGCCUCGCCGCAAGAGCUCCAGUACUAGUAUUGAACCUGCGGAGCAGGUGUCAUACCCCCCUCCUCCUGCUCCCAGUGGAGGUAUGCUGGAGCUGAGGGUGGGGCCGGACUACUACAAUGUCCGAGACUAUUACAACCCUCCCAGCGAGUACAGCACUCCCUACGCUGACAGGCUCUACCCAGAGUUCAGCGUGGCCAGUGUAACAUCGGUUGGUGACUACGGGCCGUACGCUUACGACAACCCUAGCAGUUCUGUAAGCAGCAGUACGACUGCCAGUGCUAGUGGGAGAGCCAGACAUACAGCUCAGUACACACACAGACGCACACCUAGCAAUGUCAGCAACACAUCUAGUUGCGGAGGCACCAACCCGACCUUCAGUCUGGAGGGAGAGGCUCCUGGGGAAUACCAGCAGUAUUACACGGCCUACGGUUGGUCGAGAACCCCAGCAGUCAAGUCGAGUUCCCGCCAGAACUCUAUAGACUCCACAAGUUCCGAGCGUCCCAUGACAUUGGAAGUCGGAGGGUCUAGACUGCGCUCUAGUCUCAAGAGAUACAACUACUCUCGCAACAACACUGGCGGUUCAUCCUCCUCUGGACCAGGUACUCCGACCAACCCUACACCCCCGGAUAGCUUGACUAGUGAGGACUCCAGCUAUGUGUCUGCUAAGGAGUCAUCAUCCAACUCCGUCUCUCGUGUGAGGUUCUCACCCAUCACUGCUACGAACCUGCUGGACUUGCCCAACCCCGCAGACGUCCCUGCAGGGCUGGUACCCCUGCCUCGCCCUCGGGGACCCUCACGACGACCCUCCGUGUCGGAACUGGAGAGAGACUUUCUAUCAUAGCAUCACAACUGGCGUUAGGUCUGCUGUGCACUUGGAAACUGACAAAAUCUUGGGUUAUUAUAGACAUUUUGGAAGACUUUACUUUUACUGGGAAGAUUUAGAUUUGGAAUCACAUGGAUUUUAGUUUUUGGAAAAAAUGCACCAGCUGAAGAAUACUAAAGGGAGGAUGGAAUGGAUACACAACUUAUUCAACCGAGAAAAGAAUUCCAGGCAGUUAACAGCAUACAAAAAGUCCAUAACACAUUGACAUUUCACCCCUAAAAGGGGCUUCUUCAGAAUAAAGCAUAGAAAUAUUCUACUACUCAUUGCUGUUAACUCCCUGGAACACAUUUAUUGGGUAAGUUAGCAGUGCGUCCAUAAAUUCUUCUGUUAUGUUUUAAGUUUUGUUGGAAUUAUUUCGAAAAGGGAUAGUUUUCCUAGAUUGCCUGAGAAAAUUGAAGUUCAGUGAUAAUAUAUUCAACAUUCUUUUAAUAGAUAUAGAAAAGGUUAGACAUUUAACACUGAUAUUUUAUCCUGAUAUAGGACUGCUUCAGAGAUCGUGCUGAAGAGAACAAUUUUUUCCUUCAACCUACUCUCAUUGCUUUUAGCUGAAAUUGAACACACAAACUACAAACUGUAGGUGUAAAGGUGCGACUGUAUAACUUACUUAUACAGUUCUGACAGAAAUUAAUUUGGGGUUAUCUUAGUAUAUUUUGUAUACAUAACCAAUAACAGAUACUGGUUGAUCCCAUCAGUUUCCAAGUGCAAAGGCCUGAGAAUCGCACAGCCACAAUACUCUAUAUCUAGUCGGUUUUAAACAGCUUAGCAACAUUGUGUACAGUUAUUACUGAUAGGGAACUCACAGAAUAUUAUAUAUUUUUCCAUGUUAUCCCUUCUAUAAGCUUGCCUUGUAAAACACCACGUUUAUCAUCAAAUUUGUGUUUCGCCUCUCCGUUAGUGUAAAUAGUUUUCUAAUAAAAAAUUACAAUCGGCUAAAAUUUCUUGUGAUGAGCUUUUGCUUGGUCUUAAGAUUAAUUUUUAAAUAUACUUCCGCAAUUUUACAUGAGAAAGGCCUAAUGGUACAUGGUAUGCCUAAAAUUAUUACCUACGAAUGAAUCAUCAGUAUCUUUCAAGUUAAGAAAAAGACAGAUUAUACUACAAGGCUGAUUUAUAAGUCCUAUAGCUUUUGAGUUAUUGAUUUUAUCGUUUUUACAAGAUUUUUAUUUAUUGACAGAUUAUUUGCAUGAUAGUUUUUUUUUUAUUUUGACUCGGUUAUUUUCAGUUUUAUGGUAUAAGAUACUAUGUGCAAUAAUUUAUGAUUUAAUUUUUGUACUUUUUUUACUUGUGCAAUAUAAAGAGUAUUUUAAAGAUCGAUGUAUUAAGUCAGUAAAUUAUAUUAAUCAACCCCACAAAGCUCUGAAUUAAUUGUGAUGCAAUCAUUAUGUUCUAUUGUUAAGUACCUUUUUAUAUGGUAUAAAUAUUAAACUCGUUUAAAUAACUUAACUAAUACUAAAGAAAAAGUUAGACCUAAUUCCAAAUUUUUAGUUAGUUUUUUUAACCAUUAACUUGGGGUGUUUUAAUAAAAGACCUCAGUUUAAGAUUAGUUAUUUAGGUUUGAAAGGAAGAUUAUUGUAAAAUAGUUUACAUUCAAUAUUUUUUUAAGUUAGGGCUGGCACUAUUUAUAAACUAAACCAAAUCUUUGUCUCAAUGUACUUGAUUUUUAAAUGUAUAGAUACACAAUAACAUUUUAUUGGAUGUCAUGUAAUAUGUAAUGAAGACAUCAGUACAUAUUAAUGAACUCUGGAAGUUUUCAUUGAUCACUAAUAUACCGUAAUCUUUAUAGUAAUAUAGUUUUUCACUGUGUACAUUUUAACAUUCAGAAUGAAGUAUGCAUUAUUAAAGAAAAAAUAAUAAUUUGAAUUAACCCCCUUUUUAUUUUUUGUAUUUUGAAGCCUCGGACCCUAAUCCCUUCCUUUCAAACUUAAACACUUUAAUUGUAAGAAUUAUUUUUGUCAGCCACAAGGCUAAUUAAUUAAAUAAGUAAAUCAAUUACUCUAAGACUUAAAUUUAGUUGUAACAAUAUUUGGUUGUGUUGGUUAAAAUGUUUUUAAGUCAUGAUGCAUUUUGUAUUAAAUCAUAAUACUCUUUCGUUUAGUCGAACCUUUAGUGUUAUUGUUCCAAAAUAGUUUGUUAUUUGCAAUUGUUUAAUUGAUGCUUUAAUAAUAUUAAUUACAAUUCUGAUUAUGAUGAAAUUGCCAUAAUGGUGAUACUGUAUAUUAAAGUUUACAAACAAAUUUUGAAACAAAUGCAUGGACAGGUUCAUUAUGAAAAACCAUAUUUUAUUGAUAAAGGUUUUUUUUGUAGAAAUUUUUGUUUUGUUUAGUUUCAAAGGAAACUAAUCAUUUCAAAGUGAUAAGGGGUUUAAUUUUAGUAUUUGCCAGUUUUAACUUUGUAAUUAAAGUAUUUCAUUUGUUUUAUUUCAUUUUACCAAACAGUAUUUAAAUUAUAUUUGAACACAGAGUCAACUAAAGGGUGAAAUUAGUUAAGUUGACAUAUUUCACCAUUACCACUAUGAUUUUAGAAAUUGCUGUGUAAUUUAAUUGUUAACAUUUUAUAUUUUUAUCAGGUCCAACCUGUAUUUCAAUGAAAGUCAAUCAUUUUACAGUAUUAUGUAGGGAGAAUGAGAGUGAGAAAGAGAGAAAAUUAUUAAUGUUUUAUUUAUUCAAAAUACAUUUUGUAUUUUAUAUUUACAUACAGAGAUUAUUUUAUAAGUAUUUAUAUUGUUUAUUUAGACUUGUACUCUAAUUAUUGUAAUUGAGAUUAUAGUUUCAAUUGUGAAGUUUUCAAAAAACUUUCUGUAAGCUUUGUUAUUUUUGUUUUAUUUACCAAAUAGGUUUAUCAAAGUAAUAAUACUUUUUUCUACUGCUCAUAUGUACACAUUUUUUUGUGUAUAAUAAAUCCUUGUGUUGUGAAUUAUAUAAAAGUGGCACGAAGUACUUAAUAUUUAUGUUAUUUACCACAAAAAUAAGUUGACAUGAAAAGUAAGUUACUAGCGUAAUUCUUUUUUACUUUUUUGUAUGACUGUGAGUCGUUUGAUGUUAAUGUUCACAUUUUGCAAAAUUAAAAGCAUUUGCACAUAACUCACUAAUAUAUUUUAUUAAGUAGCUAUAAGUUUUGUAAGUAUGCUUAACUUAAUUAACCAGAUAAGAAAUUACAACAGACGACUGGUUUGACCGUCGGUUGUAAGCAAAGUUUUCAAUUGAAAUGACAAUAUAACUUUCCCUCACAAAUCGUAAAACAUUCCAUUUGUUCACAUUCCUAAGAGAUGUGAUACCGUGCCAUUCCGUUGCACUUAGGCUCUUUAGGUUGUUGAAUCACUACAAGAUAUCGUACCUAGACUAGCUUUAAAUGUGCUCUGUAAAUAUUAGAUACACUUUAAACCUGUAUAUAUUAUAAAUUAUUGUGUUGAAGCAAUUUUUUUUUAAAGACUUGUAAAAUUUAUAUUUUGAUUUUGAUUAAAAUCAAACGUAUUCAUAGAUUUGUGGUGGUUCUGAAAACGAUUUAGGUUUAUUAUAUUCAUUGGAAAUAAACCGCUCAUAAGUA